UAUGUCUGCCCGCCUCUAAACUCUGGCGCUGACAAUUCAACAGCAGUCAAGAUGCUAAGCUAUCUGUAAGUGGCCGCAUGCAAACUUGCGCACUGUUUUCAGCAGUUCUCGUCUCGCCCUGAAGCAAGACUCGAUGCUAUCUCUCUGAAGUGGCAUGGCUGGCAGAAGUCGAUCGCCUUCAAGAGCAUAAAGGAGUUUGAUCCUUCACUACAGGGAGGUGGUUUGCUCCUCUUAGCCACACGUGGAUAUAGAGCUUUAAUGUGGAGGUGUGAGAGCUGUAAAAGAUUGUAUUUUUAUUUAACCCGGAUGAAUCAACUUUUAAGUGGUUAAGAGAUCAUAUGAAACAGGACAAAGAAGAGAGCCAGCAUCAGCAAAAAAGCUCAAACCAACAUUUUAAUUAAGAUUUAAAACAGUUGGUAUAAUUUAUUUCUUCUUAAGGAGGUCCUUGGUCAACCACCAAAAUUCCGUCCAAAAGCAAACAAGAGGAUCGCCCUGCUCUGACCAGGUUUGUCGGCAGGAAGCGGCUCAUAGCUGCGGGAGCUUUCGGGGUCGUAAUGGUCCUCGUGCUAGUCAUCCUAAUCCCGGUCCUGGUCAACUCAGCUGGAACCUCGGCCCACUACGAGAUGCUUGGAACCUGCCGCAUGGUGUGUGAUCCUUAUGGGACUAAAUCGCCAACCAGCACCGCCACGGCAGACACCGUCCCCGAUCCCAACCUAAUCCAAUCCCUACCAACAUUCAUCCAAGGUCCUAAAGGGGAGCCUGGUCGUCCUGGGAAGGCAGGUCCAAGGGGUCCUCCCGGAGAACCGGGUCUACCCGGGCCAGCGGGCCCUCCUGGUGAGAAAGGGGAGCCUGGACGGACCGGACUACCCGGUCCACCAGGAUCAAACACAGCCACUGGGGCUAUAAGCGCCGCUACUUACAGCACAGUCCCCAAGAUCGCUUUCUACGCUGGUCUGAAGAAGCAACACGAAGGCUACGAGGUGCUUAAAUUCGACGAUGUAGUCACUAACCUGGGCAACCAUUACGACCCGACUACGGGGAAAUUCACGUGUUCUAUUCCAGGAAUCUACUUCUUCACUUACCACAUCUUGAUGCGAGGAGGGGACGGGACCAGCAUGUGGGCUGAUCUCUGCAAAAAUAACCAGGUCCGUGCCAGUGCCAUAGCUCAAGACGCUGACCAAAAUUAUGACUAUGCUAGCAACAGUGUGGUUCUGCAUUUGGAGCCCGGGGACGAAGUCUAUAUAAAACUGGAUGGUGGGAAAGCACAUGGAGGAAACAACAACAAAUAUAGCACAUUUUCUGGAUUUAUCAUCUAUGCUGAUUAAGUCACCCUAAAACAACUUUUUUCCCCUCAAAAGUCAGAGGGCUGGAUCCCUAGCAGCCUUCAGUCAAUUCAAUGGAAGUAGAUUUUAUUGGGCAAUCAACUGUUGAGUGGAUUUGAACAGGAAGCAAGCUAAAACUACCUGACUCACAUCUGUGUGCUCUAAAGACUCCCCUUGUAAAAUUGUGAGUCAAACAGAUGUGUAACCUUCUACCGCCAAAGCAGUUACCUGUGUAUUUCUUGUCCGUGUGAACUGAUGCCUAUAUGUAAGACUUUUUAUGAGAAAUUAUAAGAUUGUGCACUAAAUAUCCCGCAGUAUUAUAUCACUGUUGUUUGUAUCAUCUAGCAGCUUCAAUCAUGUGUUGCCAAUGCUUCUUGAGAGUUGCCUGCUAAUUCUGAUGCUUGACGUCCACUCAUAAUGUGGUGAGAAACAAGUUUACAAUGUAAAUGAAAAUGAAAGUGCAAUAUGUGUUCUGCUUCCCUGUAAAGGCACUGUUUACCUUAUACAUUCAUACUUUAGUGUAAAGAAUGCUAGAUUCAUAGUUAUUUUAAAACCCAAAGCCUCAACUGUUAAAAAAAUAUACUCCUCUGAUUUGGGCUCAUUUUGAAUUAACUUCACUGGCAAUAAGCUUACCAAGACUGAGCACUAUGGAAUUUAGCACUACUAUAUACCUCGGGCUACUACAACCAAAUGUGCGUGAUUCAUUUUCAUGCCCAAAAGAUACAUUUUGAAACAGAAUAGUUGUGCUUUUUAAUUUGGGUUUCUGCACAGUCACAUGCUGUGGUUAUGCCUUCAAAUGAAACUGAGCAGUAGCUAUAAAGUCACAGUUAUUUUAAAGGGUUAAGGCAUAUUUUUAAUUGGUUGUUUUUUAAAAAGUUUAGAACUUGUCAGAACCUGCUAAAAAAAAUGAAAAGGAUACAAGUUCUGCAUGUUAUUCAAAACUUUGCCAAUUGAUAAUACUGUCAUGAAACCACAGAUCUCAGAUAGGCCUGCCUAGGUAAUGUAAUUGGCUAAUCUAUAUGAAGAUGUCAUUGGAAGUUUAGCAAUUUGCAACGGUUACGUUUUUCCAAAACAAAGCAAAGCUGAUAUGCUCAGUAACCAUUCAGUCUGUAUAAAAGAAUAAAACAAAAUUUAACUUGAAAAGCUGCUUUAUAAAAUACAGACAUAUUAAUAAGGUAUUCCAGUUUUACAAAUCCAAGGGUAGUGUAAAUUGCUGAUGCUGAUAUAAUAAAAUCUUGCUUCAGUAUCAAGAUACAGAUUUACCUUGUGGUUUUAUGGGCUGCUUAGAUAUUAUUAUUAUUAUUAGUUUAUUUAGCAGACGCCUUUAUCCAAGGCGACUUACAGAGACUAGGGUGUGUGAACUAUGCAUCAGCUGCAGAGUCACUGACAAUUACGUCUCACCCAAAAGAUGGAGCACAAGGAGGUUAAGUGACUUGCUCACGGUCACACAAUGAGUCAGUGGCUGAAGUGGGAUUUGAACCGGGGACCUCCUGGUUACAAGCCCUUUUCUUUAACCACUAGACCACACAGCCAAAUACACUCUCUAGAUCUCAUCAAAUUCGAGUCAAGAGACUGCCUUGGCCCAAGAUGAUUUUCUGCUAAUACUGUACAGUACUUAAUGUGCUGGCCAUAGAAAAAUGUGUUCCAGGUUCUCUCCAAGCAGCCUUAAAAAAUCCUCAGCAAAUUCAGCACCUACUCAGCAGGCUUUGCAACUGUAAGUAACAUAUACAAAUAUACACUGAGAUUUUGUAUUUAAACAAAACUAAAGAAUAAUUGGCCCACAAAAGGAAGUCAAAGUAUUUAUUUUUAAAAUACUGACACUAAGAAGCUAACCCAAAAUAUUAAGGAAUGGCAAAGUAUCCUUAAUACCAAGUUGUUUUUAAUUUAGAAAUGCUAACAAAUGAUUUAAGAAAACAAACUGAUUACACAAUUCCAUUGCAUUUUCGUAGAUCAUUUGCUAAUUUUCAGUUUUAGAGCCAUCAGUGUUUAACCAGAGCUCUGUAACUUUUUAAUCUUCCUGAAGUUUGUUUCACUUUGUUCACAUCUUGCUGACAGAACUUCAUACACACAACUUGGUAUUAUAUAUUUAUAUACUUUCCUGGUGUUAUGGUCACUAAACUUUCAAUUAGUUACAAUAUUUGUUUUAAACUACACAUAAUUAUUUUUAUGAUGAUUAAUUGACCACAUAUUAAGGUAUGUUUAUGAUUUGUGCAUACAACAUUUCUUUUCACAUUCAAUUUGUUUAGUUCUGAUCACCUGUAAGUUUUGUUUUCUCAUUAUUGUCUAUUAUUUUAUGUAUAUGAAUAUGGUAAGUAUCAAAUGUAAAACAAAGGAUCCUAUUCAGUUGAUGUAUACAGUGGCUGACCUACACAUUGCAGCCCACUGGGUUCAAUCAACUGGUUUCACGGAUUUUGAUUUGUACUAAUCUUGGACUUUACCUCGGGUAACAUUAAGUAGUCCAAGAUUAAUGCUAAUCAGGAUUUGUGAAACCAAUACUCUGAAAACCAACAAUUGAGUCUUUUGAGUGUAUUUUUGUUAUUAAAAUGACUGUAUAUAAAAUGCAAAUGAUUUAAAUUGUGUCAUUAUCUAGACCAGCAGCCAUUUUAAUCAAUGGAAUAAAACCCACGAUGUUUCAAAGGAUCAUUUCUUUCUACCAGCAUGUUAACACUCCUGAGACAGAUAAGCCAAGGGUUAUAAAAGUGUGUAGGAAGGAUCUUAACUUCAAUUAAUACAACAGAAGAAGAAGAAGAAGAAGAAGAAGAAGAAGAAGAAGAAGAAGAAGAAGAAGAAGAAGAAGAAGAAUACAAACUACAUUACAGUACUAUGAGGCAAACAAUCUCUUUCUUUACAACAUUUUACCAGAGCUUGUACUUCUAAACCAUAAUUUGGUACUUGUAAUU